CGCUGCUCCUGGCCGCCGCCGCCCUGGCGCUGCCGGUACCGGGGGCCGGGCCCCCCCCCGGGCCGCCCCCCCCCCGCCCGCCUCCGCCUCCUCUUCACCCCCCCCCGCUGCCGCCUCCGUUGCUCCGGGGGUCGCUGCGCCCACCUUUGCCCCCGCGGUAACGCCACGGCGCUGGAGAGCGGCCGCCCCCCCGGCGGGAGCGGCUUCCGCCUCGUCGUCUGCCCGCUGCUGUGCCGGAACGGGGGGGUCUGCGCUCGCCCCGAUGCCUGCCUGUGCCCCCCCGAAUUCACCGGCAAGUUCUGUCACCUCCCCUCGAACGGCACCCACGGGAACGGGGGGGGUCCCCCAAAACCGGCGGGGCCCCAAGCCCUCACCCGGUCCGUCUACACCCUACCCUUGGCCAACCAUCGGGAGGAAGAGGAUGGUGCCCAGUCCAUGGUGAGCAUCCAUGUGCAGCACCCCCCCGAAGCCUCCGUCACCAUCCACCAAGUGGAGCGGGUGCGGGAGGGGGAAGAGACCCCCCCGGCACCCAGAGCCCCCCCCCCGGCACCAGAGCCCCCCCGUACCGCGUCCUGGGCGCAGAGCAGCCCCCGGGUGCCCCCCGCGGAGGAGGGUGCGGGGUACGGCUACUGCUUCCGGCAGCUGCGCGGGGGAGAGUGCAGCUCCCCCCUCCCCGGUCUCCGCACCCAGGACAUCUGCUGCCGGGGGGCCGGCGUGGCCUGGGGGGUCCACGAGUGCCACCCCUGCGACGGGCACCCCCAGCUGCCCCAGCAGGACGCGCAGUGUCCCCAAGGAUUCCAGCACAUCAACGGCUCCUGCGUGGACGUGGACGAGUGCCGGGAGGGGGGGUUCUGCCAGAACGGGGCUUGCACCAACACGCGGGGCAGCUUCGCCUGCCUCUGCCAGCCGGGCUUCCUGCUGGACGCCUCGCGCUCCCGCUGCAUCUCCCACCAGGUGAUCUCGGAGGCGCGGGGGCCCUGCUACCGGGUGCUGCGCGAGGGGCGCUGCGCCCUCCCCACUCGCAACAUCACCCGCCAGAUCUGCUGCUGCAGCCGGGUGGGCAAAGCCUGGGGGGGCUCCUGCCUCCGCUGCCCCCCCUUCGGCUCGGAGGGGUUCAAGGAGAUCUGCCCGGCCGGCCCCGGUUAUCAUUACGCCGCCUCCGACCUGCGCUACAACACCCGGUACCUGGGGCAGGAUCUGGCCCGCGUCCCCCUCGGCCGCCCCCCGCGCCGUCCCCCGCCGCGCCCCCCGCCACCCCCCGCUGGGAGGAGGAGCGGCGGCCCCUCCCCGUCACCCGGAGGCCACCGCUGGUCCCCGAGAGGCCACCGCCUGGUCCCCGAGAGGCCACCACUGGUCCCCGAGAGGCCACCAUCGGUCCCCGAGAGGCCACCCACUGGUCCCCGAGAGGCCACCGCUGGUCCCCGAGAGGCCACCAUCGGUCCCCGAGAGGCCACCGCUGGUCCCGCCACCGCUGGUCCCCGAGAGGCCACCAUCAGUCCCCGAGAGGCCACCGCUGGUCCCCGAGAGGCCACCAUCGGUCCCCGAGAGGCCACCGUCGGUCCCCCGAGAGGCCACUGCUGGUCCCCGAGGUCAUUGUGGUGCCACGACCCACGCAGGGGCUGCUGGCCCCCCCUCCCCACCGUGCCCCCCCGCGAGGGGCCAGGCCCAGCCCCCGUCGGCAGCGUCUGCGAGAGGAACCCCCAGAUCUGCGGCCCCGGGCGCUGCGUCCCCCGACAGGGCGGCUACACCUGCCUCUGCCACCCCGGCUUCUGGCUCAGCACCCAGGGCACCCACUGCAUCGACGUGGACGAGUGUCGCCGCAGCCCCCGGCCCUGCCCCAACGGCCGCUGCGAGAACUCGGUGGGGAGUUACCGGUGCCUUUGCUCCCCCGGCUACCGCCCCACCGCCGCCGGCACCCACUGCCAAGACGUGGACGAGUGCGCCCAGAGCCCCCCGCCCUGCACCCAGGGGCGCUGCGAGAACCUGCCCGGCGGCUACCGCUGUGCCUGCCCGGCCGGCUACCGGGCCCCGGGCCCCGAGGGGCCCUGCCGGGACAUCGACGAGUGCGAGAACCACCUGGCCUGUCCCGGCCAGGAGUGCGUCAACACCCCGGGCUCCUUCCAGUGCCAGCCCUGCCGCGAAGGCUUCCAGCUCCACCGCGGGCGCUGCGCAGACGUGGACGAGUGCGCGGCGGGGUCCCCCUGCGGCCCCCACGGCCGUUGCGUCAACGCCGAGGGCUCUUUCCGCUGCGAGUGCCGGCGCGGUUACCGAGCGGGCGCCCACGGGGGGCCUUGCGCCGACAUCAACGAGUGCCUGGAGGGCGACUUCUGCUUCCCCCACGGCGAGUGCCUCAACACCGAGGGCUCCUACAGCUGCCUCUGCGCCGAGGGCUACGCCAGCACCCCCCAGGGCACCGCCUGCGCCGACGUGGACGAGUGCCAGCGCGGGGGCGUCUGCGAGGGCGGCCGCUGCGCCAACACCGACGGCUCCUUCGAGUGCCGCUGCCCGCCGGGCUUCCGCACCGACGCCGACAAGGCCCGGUGCCACGACGUGGACGAGUGUCAGGAGUACGGCGGGAGCCUCUGCGGCGCCCAGCGCUGCGACAACGUCCCCGGCUCCUACCGCUGCGUCCCCGAGUGCCAGCCCGGCUACCGCGCCGGGGACGGCGGCGACUGCGUGGACGUGGACGAGUGUCAGGAGUACGGCGGGAGCCUCUGCGGCGCCCAGCGCUGCGACAACGUCCCCGGCUCCUACCGCUGCGUCCCCGAGUGCCAGCCCGGCUACCGCGCCGGGGACGGCGGCGACUGCGUGGACGCGGACGAGUGCUCCAACGGGACGCUGUGCGGGGCUCACGCCGCCUGCCGCAACCUGCCGGGCUCCUUCCAGUGCGUCUGCGACCCCGGCUACGAGAGCGCCCGCCACGGCCACGGCUGCGUGGAUGUGGACGAGUGCGAGACGCUGCGGGGCGUCUGCGGGGCCGAACGGUGCGAGAACGUGGAAGGCUCCUUCCUCUGCCUCUGCCCCGACACCCGCGACGAGUUCGACCCCGUGACGGGGCGAUGCGUGACCCCCCCGGCCCCCCAAAGCCCGCCGCGGGCCCCCCCCGAAGGCGCCGCCUGCUUCAGCAGGGCUUGCGGGGUGCUGGCACCCAACGUCAGCCGGGAGCGCUGCUGCUGCAGCCUGGGCUGGGCGUGGGGCACCCACUGCCCCGCGCGGCCCUGCCCGACCCCCGGCACCGAGGCCCACCUCGCCAUCUGCCCGCACGGGCAGGGCCGCACCGCCGAGGGUCCCCAGGGCUCGCCGGCAGACGUGGACGAGUGCCAGCUCUUCGGGCCCCAGCUCUGCCGGGGGGGGGUUUGCCUCAACGCCGCCCCCGGCUUCAGCUGCUACUGCCCCAGCGGCUACUACUACGAGCAGGAGCACCUGCAGUGCGUGGAUAACGACGAGUGUGGGGCGGAGGAUGCCGAGCCCUGCGUGGGGGGUCGCUGCGUCAACACGGUGGGCUCCUACUACUGCUCGUGCCCCCCGCCCCUGGUCCUGGACGGCUCCCAGCGCCGCUGCGUCGCCAACGACACCCACCUGGAUGCUGCGCAGGCGGUGUGUUGGCAGGAGGUGGGGGUCGACCUGGUGUGCGGCAGACCCCGGCUGGACAGGCAGGUCACCUACACCGAGUGCUGCUGCCUGUACGGGCAGGCCUGGGGCAUGGACUGCGCCCUCUGCCCCGCCCGCCACUCAGAUGACUUCGAGUUCCUCUGCAACGUGCUGCGCCCCCCCAGCUACGGCCCCCCCCGCGCCCCCCCUUCCUACGAAUACGCCCCCGACUUCGCCCCCCCUUACGGCCUCCCUUACGGCCCCGAUGUUUUCGGGGGGCCCCGCGUGCCCCCCCCGGCUCUCCGUUCCGACUACGACCCUUACGGUUUCGGGGGGCUGGCGGGGGGUUACGACCCCCGGGGGGACGCUCUCUACGCCCCCCCCCGCUAUGAAGGCGAGGAUUUCGAGGACCCCCGGCGCCCCCUCGCCCACCGACCCCGGGGACCCCGCUACGAGCCCCCCGACCCCCCCCCCCGGCUCCCCCUGGUCCUACCAACCCCACGGGACGGGGGGGUUCAGCGAGGAGGAGGAGGAGGAGGAGGAGGAGGAGGAGGAGGAGGAGGAGGGAGGAGGAGGAGGAUGCCGGUGAGGGGGGCGGAGGAGUGCGGGGUGCUCAGCGGGUGCCACCACGGGCGCUGCGUGCGGGUGCCCGACGGCUUCACCUGCGACUGCGACGCGGGGUAUCGGCUGGACCCCGCCCGGCUGGACUGCGUCGACAUCGACGAGUGCUCGCAGGCCCCCCUGUGCCUGCCCGGCCGCUGCCUGAACACCCCCGGCUCCUUCCGCUGCCUUGCCCCCCGGUGCCUCGCGGUGCCCCCCCCCCACCCCAUCAGUGGGGGGGGCGGGGGGGUACCUUCGGUCCUACCCGUUGACCGCCCCCCGGCCCCGAACCGCUUUCAGCCCGUCCCUCGCCCCCUCCAACAACGCGGCGCCUUCUCCGGCGCCGGCAGCCGGCGGCGACACGCCGGCGACGCCGUGGAGCUCGGCCAACCGCCGGAAGGCUUGAGCCAACAGCAAGACGCCCACCAAGCCCAAGAGCAGCCCCCUCGCUUCCGGUCACCUGCCAAUCAUUCGGGCGGCGCGCCAGCGACUUCCGGCGAGUUGGCCAAUCGUGGCGGCGGCUGCGGGGAGCCACGUGACGCGGAAGCGGAAGUAGGAGACGUGGAGAUGGAGCCGGACGGGGCGACACGGCACCCCCCCAAACGCCGGUUACCGGCCACGGCGCCUCGUAUGGCGGAUCCACACCCUCUCUUCGGUGAUACCAGCGCGGCGGGGGGCGGCGGGGCCCAACCGGGCCGGGGUUACGGGGCUCCCCCGGCCGCCGCCGCCGCCUCCCGGGACCCACCGGCCGCGGCCUUCCUGGGCGAGCCGGUGUCCAGCCUGGCCAUGGCCUACGGGAGCAGCUUGGCCAGCCAGGGCCGCGACAUCAUGGACCGUAACCUCGACCGGUUCAUCCCCGUGGGGCGGCUGAAGUAUUAUUUCGCCGUGGACACCGCGUACGUGGGGAGGAAACUGGGGCUUCUCAUCUUUCCCUUCGCGCAUCAGGACUGGCAGGUGCGGUACCAGCAGGACACCCCCGUCGCCCCCCGCUUCGACGUCAACGCCCCCGAUCUCUACAUCCCAACGAUGGCCUUCAUCACCUACAUCCUCGUCGCCUGCUUGGUGCUGGGCACCCAAAACAGGUUCUCCCCCGACAGCCUGGGCUUGCAGGCGAGCUCGGCGCUGGCCUGGCUCAUCGUGGAGGUUCUGGCCAUCCUCCUCAGCCUCUACCUCCUCGCCGUCAACACCAGCCUCACCACCAUCGACCUCAUCGCCUUCGUCGGCUACAAAUAUGUGGGGAUGAAUCUGGGCCUCAUCGCCGGGCUCGUUUUCGGCCGCAGCGCUUACUACGUGGUGCUGAGCUGGUGCUGCCUCAGCAUUUUCGUGUUUAUGGGGCUGCUGGCCCCCCUCCCCACCGUGCCCCCCCGCGAGGGGCCAGGCCCAGCAGAGCAGAGAGCCCGGAGCCCCGCGCCGGGGCGGGGUGUUGCGGGUAUUUGGGGUGUUGCGGGGGGGGGCGGGGGGCGUGUGUGUCACCCCCGGGGGACCCCCCCCUCCCCAACCCCCCCCCGUUUGUGCCCCACAGACGCGGACGAGUGCUCCAACGGGACGCUGUGCGGGGCUCACGCCGCCUGCCGCAACCUGCCGGGCUCCUUCCAGUGCGUCUGCGACCCCGGCUACGAGAGCGCCCGCCACGGCCACGGCUGCGUGGAUGUGGACGAGUGCGAGACGCUGCGGGGCGUCUGCGGGGCCGAACGGUGCGAGAACGUGGAAGGCUCCUUCCUCUGCCUCUGCCCCGACACCCGCGACGAGUUCGACCCCGUGCCGGGGCGAUGCGUGACCCCCCCGGCCCCCCAAAGCCCGCCGCGGGCCCCCCCCGAAGGCGCCGCCUGCUUCAGCAGGGCUUGCGGGGUGCUGGCACCCAACGUCAGCCGGGAGCGCUGCUGCUGCAGCCUGGGCUGGGCGUGGGGCACCCACUGCCCCGCGCGGCCCUGCCCGACCCCCGGCACCGAGGCCCACCUCGCCAUCUGCCCGCACGGGCAGGGCCGCACCGCCGAGGGUCCCCAGGGCUCGCCGGCAGACGUGGACGAGUGCCAGCUCUUCGGGCCCCAGCUCUGCCGGGGGGGGGUUUGCCUCAACGCCGCCCCCGGCUUCAGCUGCUACUGCCCCAGCGGCUACUACUACGAGCAGGAGCACCUGCAGUGCGUGGAUAACGACGAGUGUGGGGCGGAGGAUGCCGAGCCCUGCGUGGGGGGUCGCUGCGUCAACACGGUGGGCUCCUACUACUGCUCGUGCCCCCCGCCCCUGGUCCUGGACGGCUCCCAGCGCCGCUGCGUCGCCAACGACACCCACCGGGAUGCUGCGCAGGCGGUGUGUUGGCAGGAGGUGGGGGUCGACCUGGUGUGCGGCAGACCCCGGCUGGACAGGCAGGUCACCUACACCGAGUGCUGCUGCCUGUACGGGCAGGCCUGGGGCAUGGACUGCGCCCUCUGCCCCGCCCGCCACUCAGAUGACUUCGAGUUCCUCUGCAACGUGCUGCGCCCCCCCAGCUACGGCCCCCCCCCGCGCCCCCCCUUCUACGAAUACGCCCCCGACUUCGCCCCCCCUUACGGCCUCCCUUACGGCCCCGACGUUUUCGGGGGGCCCCGCGUGCCCCCCCCGGCUCUCCGUUCCGACUACGACCCUUACGGUUUCGGGGGGCUGGCGGGGGGUUACGACCCCCGGGGGGACGCUCUCUACGCCCCCCCCCGCUAUGAAGGCGAGGAUUUCGAGGACCCCCGGCGCCCCCUCGCCCACCGACCCCGGGGACCCCGCUACGAGCCCCCCGACCCCCCCCCCGGCUCCCCCUGGUCCUACCAACCCCACGGGACGGGGGGGUUCAGCGAGGAGGAGGAGGAGGAGGAGGAGGAGGAGGAGGAGGAGGAGGAGGAGGAGGAGGAGGAGGAGGAGGAGGAGGAGGAUGCCGGGGGGGCGGAGGAGUGCGGGGUGCUCAGCGGGUGCCACCACGGGCGCUGCGUGCGGGUGCCCGACGGCUUCACCUGCGACUGCGACGCGGGGUAUCGGCUGGACCCCGCCCGGCUGGACUGCGUCGACAUCGACGAGUGCUCGCAGGCCCCCCUGUGCCUGCCCGGCCGCUGCCUGAACACCCCCGGCUCCUUCCGCUGCCUGUGCCCCCCCGGGCACGCGCCGGCGCUGCCCCCCCCCCCGCUGCCUGCCCGCGCCCCCCCGCGCCUGAGGACCCCCGCCUCUAUUUAUUGUCUCUGUAUAUAUAUAUAUAUAUAUAUAUAUAUAUAUAUAUGA